UUUCUUCUCUCCUACUUUGCGCCGUUCCUUCACAGGCUCCAUCAGUACCACAUCCACCUGCCCUUUUCGUCCCUUCUCCUCCUCCUCGUCCGUCGGUGUGUUGACGACUCAACUCGAAGUUGAUCGAUCCCGUCAAUUGGAAAGAUGGCCAGCAGCUUCUCCAGGGUUCUGUCCUCCAAACGCAACGUGGGGAUCCUGUCGGUGGUCGGCGGCUCUCUGACGGCCGGAUUUCUACUGCACCGGCAGCACGUCAACGCAGGAGCACCCGGGCGCAGGCUCUACCCCGCCAGCGCGGAGUACCCCGACCUGCGCAAACACAACAACUGCAUGGCCAGCCACCUGACGCCCGCCAUCUACGCCAAGCUGUGCGAUAAGGCCACGCCCAGCGGCUACACGCUGGACCAGGCCAUCCAGACGGGCGUGGACAACCCCGGGCACCCCUUCAUCAAGACGGUCGGCAUGGUGGCCGGAGACGAGGAGUCCUACCAGGUGUUUGCCGACUUGCUGGACCCCGUCAUAAAAGAGAGGCACAACGGCUACGAUCCCCAAACCAUGAAGCACCCCACCGACCUGGACGCCAGCAAGCUCCAGUCGGGCCACUUUGACGAGCGCUACGUUCUGUCGUCCCGGGUGAGGACGGGCCGCAGCAUCCGGGGGCUGAGCCUGCCGCCCGCCUGCACGCGAGCCGAGCGCAGGGAGGUGGAGCGCGUGGUGGUGGACGCCCUCGCCGGCCUCAAGGGCGAUCUGGCCGGGAGGUACUACAGCCUGAGCCAGAUGACGGAUCAGGAGCAGCAGCAACUCAUCGAUGACCACUUCCUGUUUGACAAGCCGGUGUCCCCUCUGCUGACGUGUGCGGGAAUGGCACGCGACUGGCCUGACGCCCGUGGUAUUUGGCACAACAACGACAAGACUUUCCUGAUUUGGGUCAACGAGGAGGAUCACACCAGGGUUAUCUCCAUGGAGAAGGGAGGCAACAUGAAGCGAGUCUUUGACAGGUUCUGCAGAGGCCUCAAGGAGGUGGAGCAUCUGAUCCACGAGCGAGGCUGGGAGUUCAUGUGGAACGAGAGGCUGGGUUACAUCCUCACCUGCCCCUCCAACCUGGGCACUGGACUGCGGGCGGGGGUCCACGUCAAACUGCCCCUGCUGAGCAAGGACCCUCGCUUCAGUAAGAUCCUGGACAAUCUGCGUCUUCAGAAGAGAGGGACGGGCGGCGUGGACACCGCCGCCGUGGGGGGAACCUUUGACAUCUCCAACCUGGACCGUCUGGGACAGUCCGAGGUCCAGUUGGUGCAGACGGUGGUGGACGGCGUCAACUACCUGGUGGAAUGCGAGAAGAGACUGGAGAAAGGCCAGGACAUCAAGGUGCCCUCGCCCAUCAAGCAGUUCAAGUAGAAGCCCACUCGAGGCCCGCCCCUCCCGACUCACGGCUGACCUCCUGGGACCCCAGACAGACAAGAAAUAACAAUGUCAGUGUUUCAUUUCAUUCUCCUUCAUAGCCGAUAUAACCCCAACCGCCUCUGUUAUGAUAUAAGCAUCAUAUUUAAUCCUCCUGAGUAGGGUCUCAAAGGGGUGAAAAUUUUCCGCGGGGAAGUUAAGUUGGAGGGUUGGAAAUAUGCGCAAAUGUAAGUGUUUGUAUUCUUUGUCAUUAGAAGACGUUUUGCCUUUUGUCUCUCAUACAAUCGACGUGACAAGAAAAAGGGUCCACCUCCGAGUCUUUAUCUUCUUCUCAAAACCUGUGCAGAUCUCUUAUUCCAAGUCACACAAUGCCGACAUCUACAGGGAUGGGUUCAUCACAUUACAAACCUGAAUUUUACAAAUAUCGAAUGGGUUGGAUUCCAGCUGACAAAUAUAAACGGCCACUAGAAAUGUUUAAAUUCUUGGUUUAUUCCCAGGGAAAUUUUCCAACUUGGAAUUUUGCAACCCUACUCCCGACACUCUGGAGCCACAGAAAACACCGCGCUGGGCUUCAGUGGUAUUCAUUUUAAUGUAAUAAGUGGAAGCCAAAAAGUCCACCGGCAGCAUGCGAAAAGUGAAAGAUGGCAGCUGCAAACACUCUCUGACCACUGAAUCCGGCGCGGAUUUGUUUUGGUUCUGCCGCCGUUGCCCACUGCAUGCCACCCCGCGCUGACCCCAACUCAUGACAUGGUGCUCAUGCUACUCAUCACUCAAAGUGUAUUUGAAUGUCAAAAGCCGGUCGCUGUACUGUGAGCCUUUGAAGCGAGAUCUUGAGCUGCUCAUCGCUGAAUGUCACACGCGUGUCUUUUAUUAAACAAAUCGUCCAUUUAGCAGAAAAGA